GCAGCCAGCGUGGGGAGACACCAGGGGAUCCGAGAGGGACUGGGCGUCGUGGGGCACAGCAUGCGGAGCGUGUGGCCACCAGUGGCCGCCGCACUGUCCGCUCUGGGGAUGUCAUCCUACAAGCGGGCCACGCUGGACGAAGAGGACCUGGUGGACUCACUCUCCGAGGGCGAUGUGUACCCCAAUGGCUUGCAGGUGAACUUCCGAAGCCCCCGGAGUGGCCAGCGGUGCUGGGCAGCUCGGACCUCAGCAGAGAAGAGGCUGGUGGUGCUGGUGGUGCUUCUGGGAGCAGGGUUGGGGGCCUGCCUGGCGGCCCUGGGUAUCCAGUACCGGACAAGAACGCCCCCAGUAUGUCUGAGUGAGGCCUGCAUCUCAGUGACCAGCUCCAUCCUAAACUCCAUGGAUCCCACAGUAGACCCCUGCCAGGACUUCUUCAGCUAUGCCUGUGGGGGCUGGAUCAAAGCCAACCCGGUGCCCGAUGGACAUUCACGCUGGGGGACCUUCAGCAACCUCUGGGAACACAAUCAAGCCAUCAUCAAACAUCUGCUGGAAAAUUCCACUGCCAGCGUGAGUGAGGCAGAGAGGAAGGCCCAAGUGUACUAUCGAGCAUGCAUGAACGAAACUAGGAUUGAGGAGCUUCGGGCCAAGCCCCUGAUGGAACUGAUUGAGAAGCUCGGAGGCUGGAACAUCACAGGACCCUGGGCAAAGGACAACUUCCAGGACACACUGCAAGUGGUCACAGCCCACUACCGCACCUCACCCUUCUUCUCUGUCUACGUCAGUGCCGACUCCAAGAACUCCAACAGCAAUGUGAUCCAGGUGGACCAGUCUGGCCUCGGCUUGCCCUCUAGGGACUAUUACCUGAACAAGACGGAAAAUGAGAAGGUGCUGACUGGAUACCUGAACUACAUGGUCCAGCUGGGAAAGCUGCUGGGUGGUGGGGACGAGGACUCCAUCCGGCCCCAGAUGCAGCAGAUCCUGGACUUCGAGACAGCGCUGGCCAACAUCACCAUCCCCCAGGAGAAGCGCCGUGAUGAGGAACUCAUCUACCACAAAGUGACGGCUGCCGAGCUGCAGACCUUGGCCCCCGCCAUCAACUGGUUGCCCUUUCUCAACACCAUCUUUUACCCGGUGGAGAUCAAUGAGUCCGAGCCCAUUGUGGUCUAUGACAAAGAAUACCUGGGACAAGUCUCCACCCUCAUCAACAACACCGAUAAAUGCCUGCUCAACAACUACAUGAUGUGGAACCUGGUUCGGAAAACGAGCUCUUUUCUGGAUCAGCGCUUUCAGGACGCCGAUGAGAAGUUCAUGGAGGUCAUGUAUGGAACUAAGAAGACCUGCCUCCCCCGCUGGAAGUUCUGCGUUAGUGACACGGAAAACAACCUGGGCUUUGCCCUGGGCCCCAUGUUUGUGAAAGCCACCUUUGCUGAGGACAGCAAGAACAUCGCCAGUGAGAUAAUCUUGGAGAUCAAGAAGGCAUUUGAGGAAAGCCUGAGUACCCUGAAGUGGAUGGAUGAAGACACCCGGAGAUCAGCCAAGGAAAAGGCGGAUGCCAUCUACAACAUGAUAGGCUACCCCAACUUCAUCAUGGACCCGAAGGAGCUGGACAAAGUGUUCAAUGACUACACGGCAGUUCCUGAUCUCUACUUUGAGAACGCCAUGCGCUUUUUCAACUUCUCCUGGAGGGUCACGGCUGACCAGCUCAGGAAAGCCCCCAACAGAGAUCAGUGGAGUAUGACCCCGCCCAUGGUGAAUGCUUACUACUCACCCACCAAGAACGAGAUUGUGUUUCCAGCUGGAAUCCUGCAGGCCCCAUUCUACACCCGCUCUUCACCCAACGCCUUGAACUUUGGUGGCAUUGGCGUUGUGGUGGGCCAUGAGCUGACUCAUGCUUUCGACGAUCAAGGCCGGGAGUAUGACAAGGACGGGAACCUCCGACCCUGGUGGAAAAACUCGUCCGUGGAGGCAUUCAAGCAGCAGACCGAGUGCAUGGUACAGCAGUAUAGCAACUACAGUGUGAACGGGGAGCCCGUGAACGGGCGGCACACCCUUGGCGAGAACAUCGCGGACAACGGGGGACUUAAGGCAGCCUACAGGGCUUACCAGAACUGGGUGAAGAAGAACGGGGCUGAGCAGACACUUCCCACCCUGGGCCUCACCAACAACCAGCUCUUCUUCCUGGGGUUUGCACAGGUCUGGUGCUCCGUCCGCACACCUGAGAGCUCCCACGAAGGCCUCAUCACUGACCCACACAGCCCCUCCCGCUUCCGGGUCAUCGGCUCUGUCUCUAACUCCAAGGAAUUCUCAGAACACUUUCACUGCCCUGCUGGCUCCCCCAUGAACCCUCAGCACAAAUGCGAAGUCUGGUAAGGGCUGCAGCCCAGGAAACACGAACGAACGGAAGACGGGAAGGGUCUGCAGCCAGCUCCUUCCAGCCUCCAGGCCUCCGCCCAGCCCCUCAGCUGCCUAGGGCCCCUUCCCACCCUGGAGGGUAUGUAUCCAUCCUGUCUAAGCCUAUGAUGGAGGUUCAUUGCUUGAACCCAAGAUCUGACCCUGUGAGGCCCUGGCAUCCCAGACACCCAUGUGUGAUGCUAGAGGGCGUUUGUGUGUCCAGCUGGUGGGCCUCACACUGACAGCGGCAAUGGGACACAGUCCCUUGCCCACAUCCAAUGCCAGUUAGUUAUACCACAAUACCACUGUGUCAAAUGCUUUAAAGAUAUAUUUUUGGGGAGACUAUUUUUUAAGCAUUAUGGAAUACACUGGAAAUCUUCAGGGAAAAAUGCAUUUAAAACACUUUUUUUUUUUAAA